AUGGCAGAGUUGAAAGAGCCGGCGCAUUCCAGUCUUUGGUCCAACUAUGGAAGUCCUGUCCAAAUGUCGUCUCGAUUCAACAACAGCCUGGAUUCCGGCCUCGGAGGCCAUUCCGCCAACUCCCCACACGCGGGACGCCCGAGAAGCCAUCACCCCAGCGUAGACCACGGGUCCUACCCUUACGGUCGCUACCCUCAGGACGAGUCUGAUGCGUACGACAGACACGCGCAUCCCAGCUUGACCUCCCACCACAGCUUUCCCAACCUGAAGAGGCCGUACUCUCAGACCGAGCAGCCUCCCUACCAGGAGAUUGUCCAGGAUCUGAGGGACGAUGGAUCCAAGUUGACGGUAAACCACGACCACAAGCUGCUGUCGUUCAAGAGGGUCCAGGACAAGCACACCAUUCUCGACCAGCAUGGUCGCAUGCAGCAGCUGGAGCUGUCCGCCCAGCUGCACGGCAUGUUCUUCCUCUCCGAAAUGCCUACCAACACCAACGACGGCACCAUUCUUCAACCCGAACUUACAUGCUACCGACGAAACCUCUUUCAAAUCAGCGGUUCCCUCAUCACUCCUCGUGGCCAGCUCUCUGUGGUCACCGAGACCGGCGAGACGGUCCCCGUAAGCAACACCGAAGUGACCAUCUCCGCGAUCGAGUCGGUCGACGGCCACCCGGUCCGUCUCAUCGUCAUUCCCUGGAAGACACCCCCACCCAACUCUCCCGAGGUCACCCAGGGCCCCGAUCAGGAACCGGCAUCGCUCCCCUUGAUUCCUUUUCAGGAAGAUGGCACGGACGCCGAUGGAGAGUACGCCGUGUACCCCAUCGGCUGGCGCCGCUUGCAAUUCAGAAUCGCUACGGCGAACAACGGCAGAAGGAAGGAGCUCCAGCAGCACUUUGUGCUUCACCUAAAGGUUGUUGCCACGUUGGCCAACGGAAACAAGGUCAUUCUGACCGAAUCGACAACCGCCCCUAUCGUGGUGCGUGGCCGCAGCCCUCGCAACUUCCAGGCUAGGAAGGAAAUUCCUCUCUUGGGUUCCAGCGCUGGCUCGAGAGGCCAGGCUUUGGUAGAGACUGGAUUGGGCAUUGUGGCAGGACCGUUGGCAGUCAAGCCGCAAGAGGCCAAAGCAAGAGGACUGGACUUGCAGAUGCCUCGUUCCGCGUUCACUUUCAACGCAGGAGGCCCCAAGAUGCCGGGAGCCCCUAUGGGAGCCAUGAGAUCAAACUCUUAUCCCAACUGGAGUUCUCCAAACCCCAUGUCACAACUACCCCCAGCAGGUUCGGGAGGUUAUCCCGCGACCAGCAUGGCAGGAGACCCUUACCACAAGGUUCCUCUGGCCGGCGGAACCAGCUUCAGCGCUGAGCCCCAGGACAUGCCGCUCCAAUCGUCGAUGCCACCAGUCCAGCUCUCGUUGGUGGCAAACGAGCAGCAGCAACCUCCCAUCAGGACUCAAUACGCAUACGUGCAGAGCACCACCGCUCCCCCACCCCUUUCCGUGUCCGCGACCGCGAUGGCGAGCUCGGACAAUGCGCUCAACGUGCCAAGAUACGUCGACAACCCGAGGCCGACCAAGAGCCCAAGGCACGCCAGCCAGCCUUCGAUCCACAGCACCGCAUCUCUCGUCAACAACGAGUCCUCUCCCGAGUACCGGUACGGAUCCUCGUACGGUGCCGUUGGCAGUAACGCCAGCGAAAUCCCACCGCCUGCCUACAAGCAGGAGCCAAGUGUCUCGCACCCGGGCCCCCCUCGGGACUACUACCCUCCUUCGAGCUCUUGGACAACGACAGCUGGCGAGCCCGCCUCAACAGCUGCCUACACCAGCAGCGAGGGUAGACCAUACUUUGCCGACCAGUAUGCCAGCGGGGGUUCCGCGCCGGCUCCCAAGCAGGAGCACGCUCCCGCCCCUCCGGCUCCCGCAUCAUACAGCAGCGCACACCGGGGUUCCUUCGAUGGCAUGAACCACUACUCGUGGAACAAUAAUUAA